AUGCUUCCCUCAGAUAUUUAUCACGAAAAGCAGUCUCGGAUGCUUUGUGCUGUACAUUGUCUCAACAAUUUAUUUCAAUCUAGAUGGAUUACAAAAGACAAAAUGGAUCAAAUUUGUGCAAAUCUUUCGCCAGGGGAUUACAUAAAUCCCCAUAAAUCAUUACUUGGGCUAGGAAAUUACGAUGUCAAUGCUAUCAUGUUGGCAUUAGAGGAAAAAUCGAUGCAACUUAAUUGGUUUGAUAAAAGAAAGGAAAUUUCUGCUUCCAGUCUUGAACUCACCAAAUCAUUCGGAUUUAUCCUCAAUAUUCCAAGUGAUUACACGAUAGCUUUUAUAACAUUACCACUUAAAAGCAGACAUUGGAUUUGCAUAAAAAAGAUGGCAGAUGAGAAAUUCUACAAUUUAGAUUCAAAACUUGAAAGACCUAAAUGUAUUGGCUCGGAGGAAGAUUUCGUUCAAUACCUGCAAAAUGAAAUGAAAAGCAAUGACAAAGAGCUUUUUCUAGUGUUCCCAAAAGACGCAAGCUAG